AUGGAGCCAGUCCGGCCGUGUUUGUGUCUGCUGUUCGUGUUUGUGUCGCUCGUGUCGGACAGGUUCGUGGUGCUGGCUGCCUUCUCCCAGGCUAUGGACAGCGACUUCACGUUCACUCUACCUGCGGGUCGAAAGGAGUGUUUCUACCAAACCAUGAAGGCAGAGGGCUCACUGGAAAUUGAAUAUCAGGUGUUAGAUGGUGCAGGCCUUGAUGUAGAUUUCUUAAUUUCUUCUCCCUCUGGCGAUUUGCUGUUCAGCGACCACCACAAGUCAGACGGUGUCCACACCGUAGAAGCUUUGGAGAAUGGAGACUACAUGUUCUGCUUUGACAACACUUUCAGUGCUGUGUCCGAGAAGCUCAUCUUCUUCGAACUGAUCCUGGACAACAUGGACACAACUGAAGAUCCAGAUGACUGGAAGGAGUUUGUCCAGGAGUCAGAUAUGUUGGGCAUGAAGCUGGAAGACCUCAUGGACACCAUCAGCAACGUGAAGUCUCGGCUGGGCAAAAGUGCGCAGAUCCAGACGAUGCUGCGAGCGUUCGAGGCUCGUGACCGAAACAUCCAGGAGAGUAACUUUGAACGGGUGAACUUUUGGUCUGUGGUCAACCUCGUUGUGAUGAUGGUGGUGUCGGCGGUUCAGGUCUAUCUGGUCCGCUCGUUGUUUGAAGACAAAAGGAAAAUUCGCACGUAACACCGCCUGUAUGUGAAGGACAGAAAACAAGAAACUAACAUGCUUUAUUACAAAUAUUUUUUCAGGCUUUUUUUUUUACUUGUUCAUAAUGUUUCACACAAAAAUAUGACAAUCACCACA